UGCAGCGAUGACUUUCGGCGGGAAAGCACUAAAAUUUCACAUUCAGCUCUUGAAAUUCCCCCCAAUUAAUACCCAGUUGUACUUGGUUUUUGAGUGCUGUAUUGUUUCAAAAUUCAUUUUUCUUGUGUAAUAUUCUGCAUAAAAGUUGGUUCCACUAAACCAUGUCUCGUCGACGGAAGGUGGCGAUGGGCGGAAACGGACAAAACGGUGAAGUACUGGCAAUCUCAGAGUCAACGAUGUCGCCGCCUCUGGACGUUGAGCCAGUACGGAAAAAACUCCGCGAGCGAUGGGAGUUAGCAUCUGUUCUCAACUUUCUGCACGUUUUUGAGCCGGUUAUUGGGAGUGAUCUGAAGAUAUCUGCUGAAGAUAUAGAAACUGCAUUAAUUGAGCAGAAUAACAUACUUGCUCAGCUACAUAUAGAUCUUCUAAAGGGAAUUCUCCCAGUGAAAACAACAAUGAAGUCUUGUGAUGCUUGGAUGAUUGCUCUCAGUAAGACACUCUCAAUGUGGUGGCCUUGGGUUGCAGAAGGGGAUUUUCCUGUCACUGCAGCCAAAGGGGAGGAGAUAUCUAUCUACAAGGAACUUGAACCAACAACUCGUUUACUUAUGCUUAAAGCUCUCUGUGAAGUUCGUGCUGAUCAAUAUGAUGCUGUGUCUUAUAUCAACGAGACAAUGAAAAAUGGUGCAGAAGUUUCUAAUUUCCGAAAGGACAAGCUUGCAAGCAAUGGAAAUGGGAUUACAUUUUGGUAUGAUGGAAAUGAAACUAUUGGUCACAGAUUAUACAAGGAGGUACUCCUCUUUGAAAAAGAGCGAGCCAAAGGUAGGGGUACCCUGCCAGCAAUCAAUUCUAAAUGGGAGACCCUUGCAACUAAUCUUGAAGAGUUCAACAAAAUUGUGAACGAAUUUUCGUCUAGUGAAGUUAAGUGGGAGGUUGAUCUCAGCAAGUCCGUCGCGGCCAAUGUCAUUCCUGUUCUUGAAAAACAGUGGAAGAAGAAACAAAGGGCACAACACCGGAAAAGAAGGGAACAGAUGCUCCUAAAUGGUUUCCGAAAUUCUGGAAAAACUCGAUCUAGCCGUAAUCACAAGCCCAUUGAUUAUAGAUUUGAUGAUUAUGACAGGGCAAUUACAAAGGCCAUACAGUACACAAACAAAAGGAAGACUAGUGAAGAGAGAAAACAGGAAGAGAAUCAGAGGCAAUGUGCCAAAAGGAUGGGAACUGCCUCAAAUGGAUCUUAUAAUUCUGACACUACCUCAAGAGAUGGUGAAUCCGCUGUAAGUGAUGCUGAGAGAGACAGUCAGCAAGGAAGUGAUGAUGCUGAUGACUCCAGCCAAGUAGAAUAUGAUGGGGAAAGGGAAGAUGAUGGUAAUCAGAAUGGGAACAGAGAUCACCAAAAAGUCCACUCCCAUGAGCAAAAUAUGCUGUUUCUCCACAGGUCCAAGGGGUUGCGCUUCAGUAAGAGGCUUGCUGGAAUUCCCGGUCAUACUGCCCCAGAAAGCAUGAAUUUAGGUGCCAAGAACAGGUUGAGGCAAAGGCCUUCUGUUAAUACUGCUGUCGAGUCUGUGGUGGUUCCCGACUCAGAAGAUGAAAGCUCAUCGGGAGAUGAAGACUAUCUUGGAAACUGAUCCAAGUUGUCAUCAACCUUCACCAUCGUUGAUACAUGAUGAUUUUGGAAGAAUCUUCACGCUGCUGGCAAGAGAAGUUUUGAUGCAACUAACAACAGCAUAGAGUUUUGGCAUUGUAGUGAAUGGAAAGUUUUGAGACAUUUGUAAAGUAGUUCUAGUUGUCUUAAUUUGUCUUUUUGGUGCUGAAACCUUGAAGUACUCUGCAACCUCUUCUGCGCCCUAAUUAUGUUAUAGUAGUUGGAAAACAGAAGGUCAGCAGAGUGUUAGUAUGAUAUGUGGUGAUGUAGCUUACUUAAGUUUUAUCA